AUCGCACUCCACCUUACCAUGCAGACCGACUCCCUCGCAGACUCGGAGUGGGACGUGGUCAUUGAAGGCACGGGCUUCCCGCAGUCGCUCCUCGCGCUCGCACUGUCGCGCUCGGGCAAGAAGAUUUUGCACAUCGAUGACAACGACUUCUACGGCGGUAACGAGGCGUCCUUGGGGCUGGUCGAAGCCGAAGAGUGGGCGAUCAAGUAUGCAGGCGCUCGCUCCAGCACUUCCCCCUUCGGCCAUGCCACGGUGAAAAGGGCGCAAGAGACGGGACAGGUCACUCUGGGAAGACCACGAGCGUACGAGUUGUCGCUGGCUCCGCAGCUCCUGUACAGCCGUAGCUCGCUGUUUGACUUGGUCGUGUCGUCGCAAACACACAAUCAGCUCGAUUUCCAGGCAGUCGGCUCCUGGUUCGUCGCCGAUGCUGCGUCUGAUGUCUUGCUCGCUGUUCCUAGUAGUCGAGAAGCCAUCUUUCAAGACGAAAAGAUCGAUAUGCGGGCAAAGCGCUCGCUCAUGAAGUUACUGCGUUCUCUCGUUGCCGAAGAGCCUAGCGACGAUUGGCAGACAGCCUCGGCCACGAAGUUCACGAGCUACCUGGAGCAGACUUUUGGCGUGCCGUCGGCGCUGCAUGCGUCGCUUCUGGCACUGACUAUGAGUUCUCAACCGUCACAGGCUAUCAGUGCCGGCUAUGCGAUACCAAGGAUUACUCGUCACCUACGCAGUAUUGGCGUUCACGCUCCCGGAUGUCCAGCAUUACUGCAACGGUAUGGUGGUCUCGCAGAAAUCGUUCAGGUGGCUUGUCGCGCCAAUGCUGUAGGUGGCGGGACAUAUGUUCUCGGAAAGGGGAUCUCUAAUGUACAGGAUGCUGCUGGGAGCCAAUUGAAUGUUGAGCUAACUGGAGGUGAUCGUAUUACUACCUCUUGGCUUGUAGGCACCGAAGCUGCAACAUCAUCGAAUGACGUGGCUCAAGUGGUCUGUCGAAGCAUAUCCAUCAUUGGAUCGCCAUUGACCGCACUGUUCCAACCACAGGUAGCAGGAGCUGUCACUCCGGCCGGCGCAGUCAUUGUGAUACCUGGAGAAGACGAAUCAGACCCACCCGUACACGUGUUUGCCCAUUCGAGUGACACGGGCGAAUGUCCAUCUGGUCAAAGCAUUCUGUAUGCAUCUGUUGCGUUAGAUCAUACCUCCGGGCUUAGUCGUCUCGAGGGUGCUGUGCAAAAGGUCCUGCGAAGCGUAAGUGCUGGCGAAAGUCCUCCCCUCUUGUGGUCUCUGCAGUACCAGCAACAGUUCGCCUCUUCCCGAGAAGCGACGGACCAAACACAACGAAUACUCAAACUGGGCGCCAUGUCGUCGGAGCUCGUUCUUGACGAGAGUAUUUUCGAAGAUGUGAAGGCCGCUUGGAUGAGGAUUGCGCAGCCCGAAGAUGCCGACGAUUUCAUGAAAUUCGCAGCAAGGGAUGGUACCACGGCUGAUGAGGACGAGGAGGAGAGUGCGUAGUAGCCACUGCUGUCAUAUACCUAGGUGCCUAGUUUUGAGAACAGAUUCCAUGAGCCCGUUGCCUGCACAUUCGAAUAGUACCUCCUGAGUCCUAUUGAUUGUAAAGUAGAUAUGCUGCCUUGGCACGCUAUUCCAU